AUAUUGAAAGCGACUUGUUUAGUGUCGAAAUUUGAUUUAGAAUCAGGGCCCUGUUGAUUUGUUUUUCUUACCAUCCAAACACAUCCAAAUUCCCAAGAAAAAGUCAUGACAAAUUUGUCAUACCUUUUUUUUUAGUUUAUUCACAGCACAUACCAGGGAAGGUAUGUGCUAUGGUUUAAUUAACCAGUCUAACCUGUAAUUUUGGUUAAAAUCAGUGAUUUUUUAAUUUUGAAAUUUUUUGUUCAGUUCAGAUAGGUAAAUUAAUAAUGGCAAAAAGUGGAGUGUAUGAUACAAACAAAACUGAACUUUCGGUGGCAGAGGAAAGUUCAAUUAAUGAUGCUUUGGCGCCGGAAGCCAGAUUUGAGUGUCCAAUUUGCUUAGCUUGGUUAAGAGACCCUGUUUUAACUUCUUGUGGACAUAGGUUUUGCAGGAAUUGCAUAUAUCCUUGGUUGGAGAAAGGUCAAGCUUGUCCAGUUGAUAACAUGAAACUGAAUAAAGCAGAUAUAUUCCCUGAUAAUUUUACAAGAAGGGAAAUAUCGCAACAACGUACCAAGUGCCCGAAUAUAGUCAGGGGAUGUUUAAAAGAACUUUCUCCAUUGGAUAUUGAAGCUCAUCUUUUGGUGUGUGAAUAUAAAAUACCUGAAUUGCCUGAUAACGAAAAAUUACGAUGUUCUUUUGUUGACGUAGGUUGUACAGAGAAGUUUGAAGAUGAACCUAAACUUACUAAGCAUUUAGAAGAACAGAUUCAAAAACAUUUAGCUCUGCUUUCGAAAGCAUAUUCCUCACUUUCUAUUAACAAAAAUGAACCUAGUAGUUCAUCCAGUAUAGCCCAACAAGCAAAUUUUUGGGAUCCCCCACCAAAGAACUCAGAACCUGCAGCUUUACAGGACGAUAAUUUGCAGGAAUUAUUAAAAACCCUAUAUGAAAAAAUAGUAUAUCUGGAACAAAAAUCCCGAGAACAAGAUAUAAUAAUAGCAAAUAUGUCUCAACAAAUAGCAUCACAAAGUCUCCCCAUGACCAAACUCAAUCAACUUUAUUGUAACGGCUGCUUCCUAUGGUACGUUAGUGAUUUUAAAAGCAAAAUGACAGCUAUGAGGGAAAACCCACACGCAAUGUAUUAUAGCACUGGAUUUUAUACGAGUCCAAAUGGAUAUAAGUUAUGUGUUCGUUUAAAUUUAUCCCCCAAAGAUAAUAACUACAUUGCAAUAUUGAUCCAUGUUAUGAGAACUGACCAUGACCAUACUUUAGAUUGGCCGUUUACUGGAAAGUUAAGCAUAACUCUGGUACAUCCUACUCAAUCUUUCAGAAGUAUUAAAGAAACAAUGAUAACCCGUCCAGAACUAGGUGCAUUUAAACGUCCAGUUGAAGAAAUGAAUUCCAAAGGAUUUGGAUAUACCGAAUUCGCUUUACUGGAAGAGAUAAUUGAACAAGAUUUUAUUUCUAACAAUCAGCUAUUAAUAAAAGUCCAAGCUCAAACUGUAUGACAGUGUUUUUAAAUGUUUUUUAUAAUAAAAAUAAAUAAACAUUUUCAUUUCGUUGCAAAACGAAACCAAAACCGUCUUAUAUUUCAGUUGCUCAGAGAGCGCUACAAGCACUCUGACACUCUUUUGAGUGCUUGUAGCGCUCUCUGAGCGAACUGAAAUAUAAGACGGCUUUGGUUUCGUUUUGCAACGAAAUGAAAAUGUUUAUUCAUUUUUGUUUCUAUUAGUUUACUCCUAUCUCAGUAUAAGGGUCCAUUUUUCGUUGGAAUUUUUCCGCGCUGGACAGGUGAGUUGUGAAUUGCAAAUUGUAGAAUUCCCUCAUCUUCUUUUGCUCCAGCAUUCGUUUGGCUUGCAAUUUUAGAAGCCACGAAAGUUAACCAGAAAAAUGGUCCCAAUAAGGCUUUUAAUUUAAUAUUAUUUUAUAUUUUAUUAGAUUGAAAACUUUGACUUGUUUUUUAUAAGUUUAUAUUUCAUACGUACUUAAAUGUAAAAUAAGUAUUUUUAUAAAGGUCUGAAAGAACUUAAAGUGCGAAUAUUAAUUCUGUUAAACAGGUAUUGUUAUUAGUAAUAAUAAAAUUUUAUAUUUAUUA